GGAUAUUUUCUCUUUUUCUGACCAUUCUCUGCAAACCCCAGAGAUUCUUCUUGUAAGAAUAAUUAUUGGUCCCAUUAUAAUUUAGUAUGUUGUUAUCUUUCAAAUAAUUUUAGAAAUCUCCUUAGUCUAGUUCACAAGUACAUUCUUUAGCUUACAGAACGACACAAAGCCUCUUUGGCUGCCACGGCUUUGGCAGAGCUUUCCUUUUUUGGCACACAAGCAUUUGACAAAUUAGACCAAAAGUAAACACGAUUAUGUAAAUGUAUGACAAAAUCAAAUUAUGUAUACUUUUCCAAAAGCUCCUUUGUUUGGCUCGAUUAUUCUCCUACAAUUCCCACACAGGGCCAUUGUAAAUUGGGUUAUGCACAAUUUUUGGAGAGGGUGUCCUUGAUCCUCAGCUGUGGACCCUUGGACUGAACAACUGAUUAGAAUUCAGUAACAGAUUUCAAAGCAGACAUCAUGGCACAGGAGAUAUGCGUUUUUCUGUUUUCCCUGACGGCUCUUGGUGUCCUUUACACUAUGAACAAUGUUCCAGCAUUUCAAGAGCCAGUGGUAAUUCUGGAAAUCGGGGUGGCUGUUCUUGUGGCAGUGUUUCUCAUGGUCUACUUUGCUACUCGCUACAAUCCUCCUAAAGAUUAUUUGUUCUAUGUUUUUGCAGAGUUUUCCUUCACAUGUGUCAUUGACCUCACGAGCGCUCUAGAAUAUGAUGGCUUCGCCUCAGGAUUCAUGGAGUUCUACCAGAAAACGGGGGAGCCGUAUCUUGGCACACCCUAUGCUAUCAUGAUGUGCUAUUGGGACGGUGUAGUGCACUUUAUCAUCUACCUAAUACUGGUACACCGCAUGUCAAACAGGAAACAAUAUCGCACAUUGGGGCUUUUUUGGGCUGGAUCCCUGUGUGCCAACAUGAUUGUGUUUGUACCUGGAAUUGUAGUUGGUAAAUAUGGCUCAGAGAUCCGUCCUGCCUUCUGGCUCAACAUGCCCUUUUUGUUGGUGCCCAUAUGGGGAGCGGUGUCCCUGUUCUCCAGACCAAGGGAUAUGCCUCUUGUGGGUGCAUCCAAGGCUGAACGUGAGCAGAAAAAAGCCUUAAUAUGGCGCCCCCUGGACCUGCUCUUUGUGGUUUAUCUAGUGGCUGCCAUGGGAUUCACUAUCUUUAGAGGACUGGCAGUUCUUGAUUGCCCGUUGGAAAUCCUCAACAGGUAUGUGACAGAAUAUGAACCUUAUCUGAAGGAUCCCGUGGGCUUCCCCAAAGUUAUGAUGUUGCUGCUCCUAUUCCAUGCGCUUCCAAUGCUAGGUUCAUUUGCAUAUGGGCUGUGCACACCUGGCUGCACUUGGAUGCUUGACUGGACGGUAUAUUUUGCCGGUGCCAUUUUACAGUGCCAGUGGUCUCAUAUCGGAGCAUCCCUGCACCCACGCACUGCAGAAAUGUACAGGAUUCCCACCUCGGUCCUGGUGCCCAUCCUCCUUCUCAACCUGCUGUAUGCAGUCGGUCCUGUGCUGCUCGCCCUGCGUUGCAAACGAGAGCCGGACUACUUCCUUUCCAUCGCACCUGUGGGCCAAACUAACAAUGAGAAGAAAUUACGUUAAACCGACUAAGAAAACAUCAACUUUAAAGGGAUAGUUCACACAAAUUUUGAAAUUCUGUCAUCAUUUACUCACACUAGGUGAACUAUUCCUUUAGAAAACAUGUCAAAACAGAUUUACUGUAUUUAAUGGGCACAACAGUGCUUGACAGUUACAUCCAGUAGGUUCCUGUUAAUUUGGUAAUUAAGACAAGACCUUUAUCAUUGCAGUUUGCCUUCUGUUCAUUACUAUAAAGAUCUGAUGUGUUUCCUUAUUCCAGUGCAUUUUCCUAGUUCUGUCUGUUCCACACAAAUAUCACAUCCUAAAUUAUACAAAUGUCAGAACUUCUUUCUUGAAUAAUUGGCUGGUCUCAUAGGUAAUAAAUAAUUACUCUACAAAUCAUCAUCCAUCUGGAUACGUUGUAUAUACAUGAUUAAGUCAGCAGGGUUCAGUUCUACAGCUACUAACCUUAAAAGCAACUCUUGCUCAGCAGCUUUUUCAUGCUGAUAAGGAGCAAUGCACAAAAUUUCUGCUUGCACACACACAAACAGCACUGUGUGCAGGAUCCAAUCAGUUCCAGUGGAAUUAGAAUAGAUUGUCAAGCUAUACAAGAAAGACUAACUUAGCCAAUCAUUUCAGUGUUGACAUAGUGGAGUCCAUAAUGUAUAUCAUAUAUAGGGCAGACUAAUUUAACACAUACAACAAUAGCAGGUCAUUUUUUUGUAACACACUAAAACACUUCAAAAACAAAUCAUUCAAUAAACUGCAAAAAUGUCAAAUGUAUAACAUACAAAAAUAUCAAAUGGUUAUUUUGGCCAAGAAAUAUUCUAAUUAUUAAAUAUAAAACUCCUAAAACAUGUGACAACUCACCCUAACACUUUUUUUUUCUAAAUUCUCAUUACUUCAAAUAUAAUUAUCCAUAAUAAUACCGUAAUAAAGGAGAAGUCGAGCUAUGAAUGGCAUCAAUAAAAUGUUACACAUAAUACUGUAAUUAAUUGCUCAAAAAAAAUUAAUAGACAGUGCAUUAGUUCUUAAGAAGGCUAAUACAGGCUAUGAUUAGUUGUGCAACAUGGGCUGCGUUCCACUCCAGAACUUCCCUAAACACUUCCCCUCGGGGGAAUCCCUGCCGCCAUUUUGAAGUGCGUUCCACUUCGUGAAGUGGACGAGGGAAGUUUAUAUGGACAGACCCUCGCUCCCUCGAUUUUGACCGAGGGAGCGAGUCUACUUCAUAUGUACACUUCAGGCAGCUCCAUAACCCACAAUGCAACACAAUUAUGACAUCACCGCAUAUCACGUUUAAUUUACUCCACCACAAACAACUCUAUGAUAUAUUAAUUAUUUUUUUAAACAUUUAAAACACACAUAUAUACAUAUAGAAUGCUGUAUUAAACUAUUUUAA